GCAUAAAGUUUCUGCUGUUCUUAGUCUGGAUAUGAUUAUUUAGCUUUGGCACCUCAUGUUAUCUUUCUUGCCUUCACUUGUUAUGUUCUGAAGAUAUUCAGAAUUGAAAGUUUCACAAGGCUAUAGCUACAUAAUCAUCACAGCUACCACACUGCUGAAUUAAGACACUUUUCCCACACACACUAGCUAGUAUAAACUUAUUUCUAACGCAAUGGCCUCAAUCACUCUUGAAGAGCUUCAUACCUAUCAUGCAAUUGAUCGAGAAAUAUUUUCUCGAUUGGUUAUAAGUUUGUUGCGUGAUCCAGCUGAAUCUUUGUUGGUCAUGGCUACAUGGCUGUGGCUAGAAGAUAAGGGCUGUCCUAAUAUGAUAGCGAAAAUGAUAGGCCUAUCAAAUCUUUUGGUGAAUGCUUUGGCUGAUGAGGCGGUUCUGUGUCUCAAAUGUUUAGAAUCCAGCACUCUUUCUAUGUUGUCGAAUGGUGGGAACAGUAUCCCCCUUACUGCAAGAAUUAUGGAAAAGAACAUUUCUUUAGAAAUGUUUUACCAUGAUAAAUUCUCUGCAAUUAGUGGGAUAAAGAACUUUCUCACCACAGUUUGUGCUAGGAUUUUCACAGAUAUUUUGCAGCACGUUACAGCAACUACAUCAACACCAGCGGAAGGGCCUCUUGUUAUUCCCGGUUUUCCUCAUCCGAUAUUCGGUAAUGUUACUGUAACUCCAAGGUCUUUGGAUUUUAACUAUCCUGCAGGAGGGUUAUGGGGUUGGGGUCCUAAUAACAAUGUUUCUGAAGACGAAAGGACAAUGUUCCUUACUUUUUCACGAGGUUUCCCUGUGACCAUAGAAGAAGUGACAGAACUUUUUUCAAGGUUACAUGGUGCAUGUGUUGUUAGUGUCCAAAUGCAAGAAAAUUUACCUCCAAAUGAGCAACCUUUGUUUGCUAGAAUGGUCUUGGAUUCUACCACUGCUGUUGAUAGAAUCUUGAAUGGUAGACGCAUCGCCAAGUUUCGGAUCAAUGGUAAGCACAUUUGGGCCAGGAAGUAUGAACGCAGAGAUUAGAUCCCUUCUAUAUAUCUUUCUGAUAAACUCGAUUGCUGCACCACUAUGUCUUUUAGUACUUCAAAAACAAAAAGAAAAUAAUAAUUGUAUCUACAUUGUCACUCUCCAAUUGCUUGAGCUAAGCCACAGUUUGUUUUGUGUUCUACUACUUGUAUCAGGAAUCGUUAAUGUUUUAUCUUUUCGAUAGGAGAUUUCUGCGAGAUGUGAGUA